AAGAGAAGGCGGGCGGGAGGCAGGCAAGCAGGUAGGGGGCGGGUUAAAACCCGCCUCAGACUAACAGGGAACAACUUUCAAGGCUCCGAGGGGGAGAGCGAAGAAGACCGUAAACUGCCGUCUUGUCCCGACUGGGGAGAGACGUCGACGAUCACCGCCCACCAAAACGCAAAAGGGACGCCGGCUGCUCGCGGGGAAGAGCCUGGUACCGGCAACUGUCGGAGCCUGGUUUUCCCGCCCUCUCAGCCCAUGGUGCGCUUGGCUUGGCGAGGCGCUCAGGGGCUUUGAUUUCCCUCAGACGCUGACAGGUCCAAAGACUCAAACGACACGAUGGACUGGGGAGCACUACAAGAAUUUUUAGGAGGGGUAAACAAACAUUCUACUAGUAUUGGAAAGAUCUGGCUGACUGUCCUAUUCAUCUUCCGUAUUAUGAUCCUUGUUGUUGCUGCAGAAGAAGUCUGGGGUGAUGAGCAAGAUGAUUUUGUGUGCAAUACUUUGCAACCAGGAUGCAAAAAUGUCUGCUAUGAUCAUUUUUUCCCCGUUUCUCACAUCAGACUCUGGGCCCUCCAGCUCAUCUUUGUCUCCACUCCUGCACUCUUAGUGGCAAUGCACGUUGCAUACAGAAGGCAUGAAAAGAAAAAGAAGUUCCAAAAGGGAGAUAAAAGAUGUGAAUAUAAGGACAUAGAAGAAAUAAAGAGACAGAGAUUUCAUAUUGAGGGCUCUUUAUGGUGGACAUAUACUGCCAGCAUCUUGUUCAGGCUGAUCUUUGAAGCGGCUUUCAUGUGUGUGUUUUACUAUAUGUAUGAGGGGUAUCACAUGCCUCGGCUAAUGAAAUGCAGUGCUUGGCCUUGUCCCAAUGUAGUGGACUGUUUUGUUUCCCGACCCACUGAAAAGACUGUCUUUACCAUUUUCAUGAUUGCAGUGUCUGGUAUUUGCAUUCUGCUAAACGUAGCUGAGUUCUCCUAUUUGCUGCUAAAGUUUUGUGUUAGAAGGUCUAGAAGAGCAGGAAAGCCAAAGAAUCUCUCCAACCAUGAGAACAAGGAAGAAAGUAAACAAAACGAAAUGAACGAGCUUAUAUCUGAUAGCUGCCAGAACACAGUAACAGGAUUUCCAAGCAACUAAAGUGAACGCAAGCCUACCAUGCAUUUGAUACAGAAUAAAUGAAUGGCCACAUUCAUAGCUCCCUGUGAAAUUGGUUAGAUUUAACUAAGCAAUAAAUUAAGUCGGUAAACAUGAGCAUUACUACAUAGAAUCAUGUUGGAAUUAGGCAUGUCUUGUUGUUCUGAAAGGUCAUUAACAGCAUAGGAAUGUAGUAAGUAGUGAGGAUUAAAGAGAUUACAUCUUUUUAUGCAUAUCCUUACCAAGUCACCUCUGAUUUGUUAGAAAGUGAUACUUAUUAGUGCCUUCUUACCAAAGGGAAGGGAAAUAGCUGCCUUCCAGAUCAGAUACUAUUAGUAUUACAAGACACUUUACUACUGUAGUAGCAGUUGAAUUGUGAGCUUGCAUCUAAAUUAAAGUAUUUUAUAUGGUGUGAGAUUCCAUAUUUCUUGGUGUUAACAUGUAAGAAUGAGUUGUGUCUAUUAUUUUAAAACAAGCAUGAAUGUUGAUGUCUUCAUAUUGAUGGAAGUGAAUUGUGUUUAAGCAUAUGACUUUGUUGUUAUGUGCCUUGAAGUCAAUUACGACUUAUGGCGACCCUAUGAAUCAGCGACCUCCAAUAGCAUCUGUUAUAGCAUAUGACUACAUGCUGUAAACAAUUCUAUGAAUACUUUAUUCUACAUACUAGUAGUUAUGAAAUUCUAUGUAUUAUAAUCCAUUAAUGAUAUAUGCAUAUCUGAAUAAGAUAAACACUUUGGUUUCAUAUACUAUAUAAGAUCUCAAGGAAUAUAAUGUUGGAUUUUUUUAAAAAAAUAACUGUAGACUGAAAAUGGUAGAACAUAGGAUACUAAAUGGCUGAAAAUAAUGUGAAGAAAUUUUUUUCAACCAGUAUGAGCAAAAUUUUAGAACAAAGUAUUUCAAAUAAAGGAAAAAUACAUUUAA